AUGGAGAUAUCAGAAAGGCCUGUUUCUGUGUCUAAGAAUAAAAUGCCUACACGUCCUUCCCAGGAGAAGCCAGAUACAAACUCAUGCCCUCAUGCAUCUGGCAAAUAUUUUCUCCCUAGUGGGAUGGAAAAUGGGAACUGCAAGGCUAAUGAGAAGGAAAGGGAGUGGAUUCGCCCUGAUACACCUAGCAAAUGCACAUGGAAGCUUGGGAAACCUCUCUCUGCCUCCCCUCAUCGUCAUACUACUCUGCCAGAACCUCUGAAAAUCCUGCCAAGCAUCCUGAAUAAAGUUGGCAAUACACCUUUGGUGCGAAUCAACAAGAUUGGGAAGCAGUAUGGGCUCAAGUGUGAACUCUUGGCAAAAUGUGAGUUCUUCAAUGCUGGGGGCAGUGUGAAGGACCGCAUCAGCCUGAGGAUGGUAGAGGAUGCUGAGAAGGCUGGGAUCUUGAAGCCUGGGGACACGAUCAUAGAGCCAACCUCUGGAAACACAGGAAUUGGACUGGCCUUGGCUGCAGCAGUGAAGGGUUACCGCUGUAUUAUUGUGAUGCCAGAGAAAAUGAGCAUGGAGAAGGUGGAUGUUCUGAGAGCUCUGGGUGCUGAGAUUGUGAGAACCCCAACGACUGCCAGAUUUGAUUCUCCUGAAUCUCAUGUGGGAGUAGCAUGGAGACUGAAAAACGAAAUCCCCAAUUCACACAUACUGGACCAGUACCGUAAUGCCAGCAACCCCCUGACACACUAUGACACCACAGCUGAAGAGAUCCUGCAGCAAUGCGAAGGAAAAAUAGACAUGUUGGUAGCUACGGCCGGCACAGGAGGUACUAUCACUGGCAUCUCCAGAAAGCUGAAGGAGAAAUGUCCAGGUUGUAAAAUUAUAGGUGUUGAUCCUGAAGGCUCCAUCCUUGCUACACCAGAAUCGCUGAACAAGACUGACAAGACAAUGUAUGAAGUGGAAGGAAUUGGAUAUGAUUUUGUUCCCACAGUGUUGGAUAGAUCUACAGUGGACCAGUGGUACAAGAGCAAUGAUGAAGAGUCAUUUGCUAUAGCACGCAUGCUGAUCCGAGAGGAAGGACUGCUGUGUGGUGGCAGCUCAGGCAGUGCCAUGUCUGUAGCUGUGAAGGCAGCCAAAGAGCUGAAGGAAGGUCAGCGCUGUGUUGUUAUCCUCCCUGACUCUAUCAGGAACUACAUGUCCAAGUUCUUGAGUGACAAAUGGAUGAUUCAGAAGGGAUUCAUGAAAGAAGAAGAUGACUUGGUCAAUAAACCUUGGUGGUGGAACAUCAGUGUUCAGGAACUAAGCCUCUCUGCUCCCUUGACUGUGCUUCCAACUGUUACCUGUGCAAAGACUGUUGAAAUUCUCCGGGAGAAGGGAUUCGACCAGGUACCAGUUGUUGAUGAAUCUGGAGUGAUUCUGGGCAUGGUUACCCUGGGUAAUAUGCUUUCUUCACUACUUGCUGGAAAAGUUCAGCCUUCUGAUGAGGUUAGAAAAGUAAUCUACAAGCAAUUUAAACAGAUUAACCUGAAAGACAACUUGGGGAAACUCUCUCAUAUUCUGGAAAUAGACCACUUUGCUCUAGUGGUUCAUGAACAAAUUCAAUAUCACAGUGAUGGUUCCUCCAGCAAGCGGCAAAUGGUGUUUGGCAUUGUUACAGCCAUUGACCUGCUGAACUUUGUCACUGCACGAGAACGGGAAAGAAGGGCCAACUGA